ACAAUUCUAUAGGCUGUCCAAGGAUUAUUAGGAAAACAACACCCACCAAUUCCAUCAAAUUGCGUCAUGAUGUAUGUUAAUAGAGGAAGUAAGAUGUAGUUGAUCUGUUGUCACAAUUAAUAAUGUUCUUCAGUGGAUGAUUUCUCAAAUACUUCUCUGCAAAUUUGCAGUGCUACAAGGUAGUAGUUUUAGUAUAAACUCCUCGAGUUGUUGUUGAGUUUAAGGUGAAGAAGCAGUAGUUCCUUUCUCUCCCUACCGGGUAUCUAAUUCCUAGUCCCAAAAUUCAAUUCGACCAUAGCUAUGCUGGACCAAUAUUGAUCGAGUCCCCUGGUCCCGAUUUUCAAUCACAGCAGCAAGAACCCUUUUAAUUGAUUCUCUCCUUUCCUUUGCUUCCUUAUCCAUUUGAUCAACUGGAUGCUUUUCCAAAGCUUCUAUCUUGUUGGAAUCCUUCCAACACUUCCUCGUUUUCGCCUAAGCACGCCGUCUCUCCCUUGGCAAUGCGUCUAAUCAUGCAUCCCGGUCACUUGAACCCCAGCUGGCUACUCGCUACUUUGCUUCCUAUCAGCUCGCCACCACAUCUUCUUCGUCAUCUAAUUUCCCCCUCAUCCGUCGUAUCUACACAUUCCGACUUUUGUAUGUAAAAUACCUUCACCCAGCCAGCUUCACGGUUUUCUUGCAUUUCAAAAAAACAAAAAAAAAUUCACCCUUUCGGAUUCAAUUCAUCUAGUCACUAGCUAUAUCAGGCAUUUUUGCCAGCAUUGAACUAGCAACGACCCAUAUUUAUUAGUUACGCCAAUUAAUGGGAAAUCAGCAGAAUCGAUAUCACCUGCCUCGGCACCUCCUCAACGGAUCCGAUGUUGCAACAAUGGCUUUAAUCAACGAGACAAGAAGCAACCCGACUAGUAACGACGCGAAUUUCGACAGCAACAUGGUGAUAAUAUUGGCAGCUUUGCUAUGUGCAUUAAUAUGUGCGCUUGGCCUAAAUUCAAUUGUGCGCUGUGCAUUGAGGUGCAGCCGGAGAUUUGCCUUGGAAACUCCCGAGGGUGUAGCCUCACGUUUGGCCUCAUCGGGUCUAACCAAGGACGCGUUACGUAAAAUCCCGGUGGCUGUUUACAAGUCGGGAAUCAAUAUCGCAGCCACGGAUUGUCCCAUAUGCCUGGGAGAAUUUAGUGAAGGAGAGAAAGUACGGAUUUUGCCCAGAUGCAAUCAUGGUUUCCAUGUCAAGUGCGUGGAUACGUGGCUACUGUCGCAUUCAUCCUGUCCAACUUGUCGGCAGCUGUUGUUUGGACAUCCUACUCCGGCGAAUACUUGAUUAAUGCAAGGUAAUUAAUGACUGCUGAUGAAGUUUUGUGGUUUGUAGAUUUUGCUGUAGAGUAAUUGUUGUCAUCUGGCAAUAGAUGAGGAGGGUAAUCCGUAACUGUUGUUAUACUCGUUACUAUAGCAGGUUAAUUGGUCUUUGUCAUGAGUAGCAGCGGGAGGUAAUCUCGUUGUUUUGAGAAUCCAAGAAUAUGUCAGUUUACUCUUUAGUUUCGAGCGGCUAUGUAUUAAGUUCACAACAUGUAUGUAUGCAUGCGCAGAAAUUUACACCAACAAUACCUUAAAAAAAAAAGAAUAGAUGAAGAGACUAACUGGAGCAGUUAGUUA